CAUUUAUGAGCACCUAAGGCCAAGUCCUAUUUGAAGGGACUCAACACAGUGAAUCAUUGCAGAGUUGUGCCAAUAUGAAAGGACACAGCUGAGGACAUUUGUUGGACAUGGUACACACUCUACUGGGUUCUUCAUUGUAACACAGUAUGCACUAGCUGUCGUCAGUCACUUCAGCGCUGCUACAGGUUGAUUUUGUGCGGUGGUUGGAGACUACAUGGCUUCAGGUGGAGCAGAGGAAGACGAUGGAGGCAUUCCAUUGGACAUUGACAACGUGCACAUGCUCCUCCAAGUGGAGCAUGAACAGAUUCAGAAAAGAACAUUCACCAACUGGAUAAAUGCUCAACUCGCUAAGCGAUGCCCUCCCUCAUUCGUGUCGGACCUCUUCUCUGACCUCAGAGAUGGGUCACAGCUGCUUGACCUGUUGGAGGCGAUGAGUGGCCAACCUAUGAAAAGACAAAGGGGCCGAGGGGUUUUCCAGCAGAGGGCCAACAUUGAGACAGCACUGAACUUUCUCAGGAAAAAAUCUAUCAAAAUGGUGAACAUAAACAUCCCAGAUAUCAUAGACGGACGGCCCUCCAUCAUCCUCGGACUCAUAUGGACCAUCAUCCUCCACUGUCACAUCGAGGAGCUAGCCAGCACUCUCUCCUACAGUUCUUGUCAUUCCUCGCUCGACUCUCUGACCAGCCUGGACUCCUGGUCUGGCAGCCCAGUUCCAGCUAGUCCAGUCCCUGCAGGUCGGACGUCACCUCUCCACAAACGCUUCCGAAUAUCAGCCAAGAAGGCCCUGCUCAUGUGGGUCAGGGACCAAUGCCAAAAGGUUGGUUGCUCCGUCAGUGUAAAGAACUUCAAGUCGAGCUGGAGGAGUGGAGAGGCCUUCUUGGCCAUCCUGUGCUCUCUCAGACCCCAGCUGGCGGAUCUCUCACUGGUCCGGUGCAGAAGCAACCAGGAGAACCUGGAGGAGGCGUUUCACCUGGCCGAGAGGGAGCUCCACAUCCCCCGCCUGCUGGAUCCCCAGGAUGUGGACGUUAGCGACCCUGAUGAGAAGUCCAUUAUGACUUAUGUGGCCCAGUUUCUUCAGUACUCCAACGACAUGCCGGCACCUGACGACCACCUGCAGCUGUUUCCUCUGGUGCAGCCCUUUUCUCUCUCACCUGUGAACUCGCCCGCUCACUACACUCCAGCAAUUGCUGUCUCAUCGUUACAUCAGGUUUCUCCAAGUGAGCGAGCGCUACAGGUGACUUGCUGGCUGCAGCAAGCCUACGAGGAACUGUCAGAGGCACGGACGGCUACAGAGAUAUCAACCUUUGCAAAAAAGUACCAUGUGUUUCAGAACCUCGCUGGCUCCUUCGCUGAGCAAAGGAGACCAGUGAUGACCCUCCUUGCUUCCAUAAGACGCUGCCCUGAGCUGAGCCAAGAGCAGUGCGCUCUCAGGACAGCGUGGGAUUGUCUGGAAAAGGAGCUGCAGAGAUGGAAAGCAGACCUGGACUCGAGCCUUCCUCCUCCUCUGGACUCAGUUGUCGCGUGGCUGCAGCGUGCGGAGGCAGCACUAACAGAAGAGGGAGGAGGAGGGAAAGAUCACGCACACGCUGCUAAAGAAGCAAGAGCUCAACGAGACACGCAAAAGACUUUAUUUAAGGAGAUGAGCCACCAUGUCAAUAUCGUGGAUACCUACCACAACAUGGAUGACUCCGGGAACGUAGUAGUGCCCCUUGAAAAGUUUGAUGAGAUCAAAAGACGCUUAACCAAUAUCCGGGUCACAGCCAAAUAUCAAGGGAUCAAGUUGGAACACCAGGAAUCCCGUCACACUGUGCUGGAUCUCCUCGGCCGAAUCAAUGCUAAGGUUCAGACCUGGAAAGCUCCCUACGGUUCCCAAGAGGCAGUGCUUCUGCUUCUGCAGGACUGGCAUGAAACAGUGGAGCGCCAAGGCCUGCUUUUAAUUCUGAUGGAUGCUCUUCAAACCCUGAAGGAGAAAGCGGCUGCUUACACCAGCAAGGCAGCGCUAGGUGAAGAUUCCCAUCUUGUGACACGUCAGGUGAAGGAAGCAGAAAGCGAAGCUGAACUGCUCACACAGGCCGUGGCGGCUGUGAGAGGGACGAUGGAGAGAGUGGUUUCUGCGUGGGAGACUUACAGCCAGUGCCUAACUUCUUUACAGACAUGGCUGGCACAGAAGAUGUCUCCUGCUGUGGAGACCGAAGACAUGAAUGAGUGGACGUCAUGUCAGGCUAAGUUAAACGAGGCGGGGAACUUGCUCAUCGAAGUGACAGAAUCUUCAACCAGCUCUGCUCUGGCCGAGCAACUCAGGAAGGUCAACAUGCAGUGGGCCGAAUGCAUGAAGAGGACAAUGUUUGAAGUGUCCUUGGAGCCUACUGUUGGUCCUCUGCAUCUUCAAAUGGUGCAUUCGCUGACCCAAGAGGCCAGCUGGCUACUACAGCAGCCACUGGAGGUGGCCUCAGUCCCACUGAAGGCUUACAGGCAGAAACUACUGCUACUGAGUAAGAAGAUUGCCGAGGCGGACCUUUCCUCUCUCGGUCCCUCGCCGGACUUUCAAAGAAGCCACACAGAGGACCUGCAGCAAACUCUCCCACAGAGGCUUGCUGAAGCAGAGCGGACCUGCGGAGAGCUGCAGCGGGCUGUGUCUAAGCUGGAGGGCCGUCUGGCUGAGCUGGACCACUGGAGCACAGACGCUCUGGACUGUUACCAGCACCUGAAGGAGAAAAAGCACAGAGGGCGCUCUGCAUUGGAGCCUACAGCCAAAGUGCUGAUCACUCGAGGGUUGCAGCUGGAGAAUCAGGUUGUAACUGAGGGACAGGAUCUGCCGGAUCUUGUGGCACGGUUACAGAAAACCUCUCCUGUGCAGAACCUCAGUACCUCUGCCGUGCAGGACAGGAUGUCAGACGCAGUCUCCCACUGCCAGGAGAUUCUUGGAAUGUUUAGUUCCCUUGGGUUUCUGCGACAUGUUGAAACAGCCCAUCAGACACAGAGACAGCCAGAGGCAGGCUUGUUUGUUGUGGCUAAAACCAAACAUGUAGACCAGAUUGGGAAUGUUAUGCUGCAAAGCCAGGACCCAAACCAGGGAUCACCUCAGAUUCCAUCACAGAUGCUUCAACAAAGGACAAGAGGUCUCCAGGGUUGGCCUAAAACCCAGCACGCCAACACACAGGAUGAACCAACCAUUGUUAUACCUCAUGUUAAAAUCCAAAUGCUGCCUCAACCGUUGAGGCAACCGGUACCUUAUGUUUACUCUCCUCUUGCUCAAACUGUAAAAGAAGCUGAGUGUGAGCCCAGGAUCCACUCUCCCUCAUUUUCCAUAUCCCACGCUCAAGCUUUAAGUCUGAGUCAAAAUGACCAACUUCCACCUGCUUUGACCCAAACUCCUGUUGGACCAAAGUGUCCAAAAAGUCCAGUUCUGUCUAAAAAUGUAAGAAGUCCAGUCCCAGAGGAAAAGGAAAGCUCACCCCCCUCACAACCUCAAACAUUGAAAUCCAGAAUAAAAGGGCAGCCAAACACUGUACAGAGUGUUAAAACAUCUCCCCAGCCACCGGUUAUGGUCCGCAGUGAAGUUCAUUUAAAAGCCCAUUCAAUGGCGAGGAGCAGACUGGAGAAGGCCAGGUUUCACCUGCAAGGACGCAUCCAGCAAGCCAUCAAGUUAUUUGGGGGCAAAGCGAUUUCAGAGUCCCAAGCCAAGAGGAAACAGAGGGCUUUAAAGAUUCUGCAGCCUGCCAUCCUCGAUGAGUUCCUGGGUGCUGUGGAGUGUUUGGGGACCUUUUGCACUGGGCCCCAACUCCAGGACUUGAUGCUCCUCUCUGACUCCGUCAGAAAGCAGUGGGAGGAUGUACGCAGUGAAAUGGCGGCCUUUGUUCCUAUCUUGUGGUCUAUGAUCAGAGAGGGGAAGCAGUCAUUUUCUGUUGUGCAAUGUGAAACACAAACUAACGCUCUGCACGAAGCCACUGACCCGACUGACAAUGACUCUAUGCUGCCGCAACAGGUUGCCAUGGACGGAACUGCAUCUGUUGACGUCGAAUCACUCCAAGGGCUGUGUGAUACACUCGCAGCAGGGAAAUCCUCCUGCCAAGCAACAGACCAACUAAGGGAGUCAGAUGAAGAACAGGAAUCCAGUGACACAGUGCUCCCAUCUGACUUCAGGGGAAGGCAGCCCCGGGGAACCCCCCCGCUGAGAAGGACUGGCGCGUCAGCCGACAAUCUCCCACAGAAACGAAGCGUGGAUGGCCCACAACAAGACCUCUCACCUGUGUGCGGUGCUGUGUCUGUGCAGCCUUGUGGUGAUGUCCUCCAAAUGCGAGCUCGGGAGGUCCCAACGCAGAGUGGGGAUGACCCCACACGACGUGGAGGCUGUGGGCCGGGGGGGAAACUAAAGCCCUCGCUUCGAGUCAAAGAGCAGCUGCGGAAAGCUCGCUUGCUGCACAUCACAGAGAGCAACCAGCAAACCCAAACUCAAAUACAGGCGGUUGUCAGGGGCAAAACUGUGGAGACCAAGCAGGAGGCAGAGUGGACCGUCAUCCCAGAGACAGCCGCCCCACCACAGGAAGAGCAGUCCCCUGAACAGGAAGUACUGGAAAGGUACAGGAAGUCCUGCUUGGUGUUUCAGUCUCAACUCAAGAAGAACCAGCAACAUUUGGCGGAGUUUCUCCCAGAACCUGUCACCAUUUCCACCCUGCAGAACAAAAAGAAGCAACUACAGACUUCAAAACAGGAGACAGAGGCACUAUGGUUUGAGUUUGAGCUCCAGUAUGCCCAGCUAUCCCAGGUCUCCCAUCUGAUCACCAGGGAAGAUAAGUGGGAAGCGGAAAGAGACUGGGAGCAGCUGACUCAGGAGUGGAGAGGACAGCAAAUGUGCCUAAAGAGCAGGAUGACAUCUCUAGAGAAAGCUCCUGUCCUAAUGGAGUCUUCAGAUGAUCUUAUGCCACUGAUCACAGAAAAACUGGAGCGGAUCAUCAGAGAGUCUGUGGACAUCUCCUCCUUUACCUUGGCUGAUUCUGGACUGGUAUCUGAUUUAAAGGAGGUGGAUGAUAGACUGCGGUCUGAAAUGAGAAAGCUAUCGGAAAGCGGAGCCGAUGAGAAAAGACAAGGGCCCCAGGCCACAUCCCCUUCAUCCUUCUGCCAGGCUCCCCACAACAGUGUCCAUGAUCUUGAGCAGCUCAGACAGCGGCUGGAGAAGGUUCAGUCAGCUGCCCAUGCUCUGCAUCACUUCCUGGCCACAGUGAGGGAAGUCAAGGCCGAGAUCACAACCCUGCUGGCCAACCAGGACCCCAGCAGACAGCAAAAUGAGGCCGACUGGGAGCAGGAGAGAAAGUCUUGGCAGGCAGCAAUGCAACAAAGGUUGCGGACUGCUGCAGAGCAAUCGCAUAGUGCUGACAGCACAUUAAAGGUAGCGGGGAUGACUCUGAUCAUGAAUGGUGCAACAGUGACAUGCCAGGAUGUGGUGAUAUCAUUGUCCCAGCAAACUGUGGAUGUCGAGAAAGAGCUGAUGAGAGCCAGGAAGAAGGGCAGAAAACAUGAGUUAUUUCCAGUGGGAAGGGAGCAAAUCCAGGAGUCGACUCCAAUAGAGAUACGUCAGAUAAAGACUGGGGAGGAUUCAACACAGGAGAGGGGAGCACAGGAGCAGGAGCAUCCCACUCCAAGUAGGACGGAAGAGGAGGCAGGGUUGAAGGCCAAAAGGAGUAGGCUGGAAGGAGAUAGUGAUACAAAGACUCAAAGGGCGGUGGAGCACAAGGCUCAAACAUGGAAGUCUGAAGGGGAUGCCGUCCAGAGAAGAGAUGUCUUGUUAUGCGCUCUGACGGAGAUAAGGGAAGCAGCUGAGCAGCUGAGAUUACAGGAGCCCACCCUGCCUGCUCUGCAACACAGGACACGUGCAUUGACAGAGUUGGAAAGUCGCCUUGCUGGCCGCCUCGCUGAGCUGCAGCACAUACAAGAUGCAUCUGUCCAGUCAGGAAUACCUGAUGUGAGUCAGACCAGAGAGGUGGAGGGUGUCUGGGAGGAGGCCACAAAAGCUGUAACUGAACGGCUGGAGCGGUGCUACGCCCUAACAGAGCUGCUAAAGAGGUUUCAGAGCAUCCGUGGGGAGCUGAGUGGGACACUGCAGAGGGCAGAAAGCACCAUCAGUGAAAGAGCCUCCUACAUGGGGAAAGACAACCUGCAGAGACUGCACACUAAGGUCCAAGAAAUAAAAGCCGAGCUGACUGGUCUCGGGGACAGAAUAGAGGAGGUCCGUAUUGUGUGCAGGCAGCUUCACGCUCAUCUACGCCAGAUGCCAGAAUGCACCAUCAUUCCAUUUGAGGAUGAAGCGGAUGCUAUUAUGGACCGCUGGCUGGAUAUAUCAGAAAGAACAGAUUCCCACUUUGAAAACCUACGCAUUGGCCUGACUUUGUGGGAUGGGGUCCUCCAGCUGGGAGCAGAGGUGGAGAGCUGGGCUGCCAAUAAACUCACAGUAUUUGCUCAGUCUCCAUCCUUUCAGACGGAGGACAAUAUCAGGGCCUUGGAGAAUGAGAUUGCAAACCAGGAGGAGAAUAUGGAGCGUUUCCACCGAAGAGUCACUGAGAUUCAGGCGCAUCUUCAAAGCACAGAGCCACCUCUGGAGCUGCAGGUUGUGGAGACCCAGAUGAGGAAGAAGAUAGAGCAGCUGAAGGAGCUUGUUUCUGAAGCUGAGGAUGUUAACAGGCAGAUGGUGGCUGCUAAGGGACAAAUUACAGCCAGGAUGGCUGAAUGCUUUAACUCCCUCCGGAAGAUUCAGGACUCCCUUCUCACUCUCAGUGGUUCAGAUGUUGCAACGGUCCUUGCAAAACUCAAGGAUCUACUUUUUGAGCUCCAGACGCAGGAUGGGCAGGCAGAGAGUCUGCUGGAGGAUCUGCAUGUUAUGGCCUCCAUAGCAAGUCCAGCCAGCCUACGGGAUCUGUCUAUGGACGGGGUUCUGCUGCAGGAUAAAGUCAGAAACACCCACCAGCUCUUCUCUGAGGUGGAAGAACAGACUGGGAGGAAUAUACAGGCUCUGGACAGGCUGCAAAGGGAAGGUGAGCAUUUGAAACAAUGGUUGCAAGGUGUUGAGGAAACAGCGAAGGAGGAGGAUCUUAGUCUCCUGCAUGAGGAAGCACUUCAACAAAGGGUGAGGACGGAGGCCCUCAAUCAGCUUGUGUCAUCCUUACAAGGCAGCACACUUCAGCAGUGUGCUGUGGUGGAGGAGAGCAGCAAACUGCUGGAACGAUACCACAACUUUCAAACCAAAGUACUGUGUGGCUCCACGGAGAAGCAGAGCUCUCUGAGCAAGGACGUUGAGGUGUUUCAAACUCUUUUAAAGUCCACUCAAUCCUGGGUUGGAGACCUGAGACGAGCUGUUGACUCUCCACAUGGUGAAAACUUGGUAUCCAGAGUCCCAUAUGUAUUUCAGGCUGUGGUAGGUGUGACGGCAGAGGGGGAGGCUCGCCUUGAAGAGCUCAGAGUUACUGGAAAUUGGCUGAGCCACAGACUGUGUAAUGGAGACGACCUGAAACAGGACAUUCAGGAAAGUAUUCAGAAAACACAGGAGCAGUGGAGGGACCUUCUCCAGUCAGUCCAGCCUUAUCACAGUGUUCUACAAGCUGAUCCAGACCUCACCUCCACCUACCUGGCCCAAAGACAACAGGCCUGCCACGGAGUGGAGGAGCUGCAGCACAGAACUGCUCAGCUCCCCACUUUAUUCCCCUCUGGCUCCUCUGAGCGCAGGCAAAUCUUCCUUUUAGCCCGUCAACUGCAGGAUGAAGCUGUAUCCCUGCAAGUAACUUCCAAUCUGGCUGAACAGAGGAGGGUGCUGGGUGCACAAACCUGCGACGCCAUCUGGGAAGCCUCCUCGGCUGAGCUAGAGAGCUGGUCAUCACUGAUGGAUGAGCUGAAGGGUGUGUGUUCCCGCCUUGAUGAAGGUGUGUGUAUUGAGGAACAUUUUGGCCAGUCACCAGACUGCCACUAUAAAUUGACAUCCCUGCAGGAAAGAAUGUCAGACUAUCAAACCCAGAAAGAAAGCUCAGCUGGACGGAUCCCUGAUGUACCAGCUCUGAAGGCUCUGCUACAAGAAGUAACCAACAUAGAAAAAGACCUUUCACAAAUUGUAACGCUCCAGGACUCCAUCAAAGCCAGUACCACAGCUGAGACUCAGGCCAGCCUCUCCCAGCAAGUCAGCAACCUCCAAAACCACAAGAGGGCACUAGACAACAGCAUCAAAGAACAGCUGGCACUGCUCACAGAAAACAGCAACCAGAGAGUUCAACAAGUGAAGGAAGAGGUCACCAGUGUACAAACGGCUCUGAAAGACCUGGCGGAAAAUCUGUGUGGGAUCCGUGAAGUGUUGCCUGAAAUCAGCCAGCUCAAACAGCAGUGGUAUACAAUACAGGAUUGUGAUACCAGGCUGACAGAGUUGGCUGCAAGAGUUUACAACCUGAGAAGGACAGGAGAUUCAAGCAUCGCGCAAGAAAUGCUUCCUGCAGAUGUCAUUUUAACUGUUGAUGCAGUUGCUAAAGACCUCGACAGCUUCAGGACCACUUUUCUACAAAGUAAGCAGGAGUUUGCCGAAAACACUGCCAACAGGGUGAGACAGGUCAUCAACCAGCUGCAGAACUGGAGCCAAACACUACAAGCUGAACCCACAUCCCCCAGCCAGACAGCUCUGGAUGAGGGUUUGUGGCUUCAACAAGGUCUUCGUGACGUGCUCACAGAGCGAGAUUUUCUUCUAAACUGCUUGGGAGCAAACGUGACAAAGAAACUGGAGAAAAGUGCUUCAGAUGCUCUCAGUGAAAGUACACCUGCAAUCGAAAACGUAUCUAAAUGCCUGGUUUCCCAGAUCAGUGAAGUUCCUUCUGAAGUGGAGUUGGACAAAUAUUUGACAGGCAGAGUUGCUGAAGAACCCUUUAGAAAUGAAAGUGACAGACCUUAUUUAGCUUCACCUGAUGGAACUGCGGCCAUGUUUCCUCCUGCUUCUCCGUCAGCAAUACACAGCGAGGAAAACUCUGAAAGUGAUCAGAAUGACAACACAAUUAAAACCAAAGAUACGUUGGAAACAGCCCAAGAAGAGGUCCAGAAUCAAUUCUCAUGUGCAGAAAUUACAGAUGUUUUCAAAUCACAACAGUUAACAUCAACUCCCCCAAAAAUAAACUCAAAGACUUACAUUGUGUCAAAAGGUGGUACUGGCACACUGAACACUGAUAGCAGCCCUUUAAGCAGUGGACACAAGAUCAUUUCUAGAAAAAGCACUUUAAUCACUCAUAACAAGAGUUUAAUAGAUCGGCAAGACACCACUGAAGCAUUGCAAGAAGACAUUGCCUCAACCCAAGACUCUGAGUUAUCCGAUAUAAGGACAGACAAUGUCACCCCUCUGGUUGGAUCCCCAGCGACAAAGCCUGACAACGUCCCUCUUUCUACCCCUGAAAAUGUGCCUGAACAUCUAGCAGCACAAUCAGAGGCAUUUCAGGCAGUUAGCGAUUCUCUGGAACAAGAGAAACGCUGCGAGGACCUCAGUGCAACCCCAAAGAAAGUGUUUUCAAUAAUGUUGGACAUGGAGCCACAGGACAUGCAGGAAAAUGAAAAGGUUCAUGCCGAUCCACUCAGGCGUUCUCAGGGAGCAGAGCUUUGUGAUGCAAAGGUUAGAGGCAUUUCAAGUAAAGGAUUUUCUGAGAAGAAGAAGAAGAAAUCUGGACUCUUAAUCAGUCCUGAAUCAGAAAAAACAGACUUGAAAAGCCUCCAUCCAGCAGUACAAUCAAAGACAUGUAAGGCAGUUACGGAUGCUCAAGAAACCCAGAAAUACCGUGGGGGUAUCAGCGCGAGCCCAGAUAAAGUGUUUACAACAGUGUUGGACCUGGAACCACCUGAGUUCCAGCCACGGGACAGUGUUGGAGCCAGACGUCCAGAUGUACUCACAUGUUCACAGAGGGCAGAAUGUUCACAGCUCACAGAAGCAUCAAAUAUUCCUGAGAAUAAAUGUGAACUCGUUACAACAUUACCGGGUCCUGAAUCAGAUGAGACAGACUUGAAAAGCCAUUAUUUAACGAGCUGUGUCUUAAACGAUUCUCAAGUGGUGGACUCACUGCCAGAACACCCCUUGGCGUUUGUUAGUACAGAAUUGGAGGAGGUCAAGUCUACGAGUGAAUUAUCAGCCAAAGAAAAGUCAGAAAGCCAUGAGUUAAUGCACAGUGAGCUGUUGAAUUCCUCCGGCACUGUUGCUGAAUGUCAACUCCCCGGCGCUGCAGGAACCACAUUUCUGUACGUCAAACGAGAGGAGACGACGUAUUUCUGUCACGCUGAAGAGCAAACAGUGAGCUCCGUCUCGUGCACUGUUGAGAGAGAUGCCUUGACUGAAACACAGAUACCUGCUAAACAGCUGCCUGUUGCUGACACUGCACAGAGCACAGGUUCAGGGCAGUUGGCAAUGGCAGAGGGCGACACAACAGAAGAUGCAAGUGACCAUGAACGACACAAGUCCAAACUUUUAAAAGUGCCAGAAAGACGAAACAAAGCUACGCUGCUAUUUGAAGAAAGUAAAUGGAAGGUACCAGCAUCGUUGGAGGACACAGAGGUGACACAGAGACAGCGUCAGAUCCAUAAAAGCAUGGAACCCGAGAGGACAGCGCCGGGUUUGACAGCUGGUCUGCGGGCUGGGGAGGCAACCAGUGGAUCACCAGAGUCCUACAAACACAGGUCCACCAUACAGGAUGUUCUGUCUGAGAUCCAGAGCUUGGUGGAAAGAAGUAACAUUAUAAAUCGGACCCCACACAUUGAUUUGAAUUGGUACCUGAAGUCCUCUCUGUGUGAACCAGAGAUUCGAUUGGUACGAACUGUCCAAAAAGUUCUGGCAUGUCGUUAUCAACCAGCACAACUCGAUGUUGCCGCGGUGGCCAAACAACUGAAGGAAGCAGAGGACUACAGGCGUUGUGUGCAGGAGCAAGUGGCUACUAUGAAAAGCGUGAGUGGUGCCAGCAUUUGUGAUCCUGAUGCCUUGAAAAGACUUGAAGGACAGUGGAGUGCUGCACAGCUGGAUGCCUCUGCCACUGUGCAGGUGAAAGCAGCACAGCUGGAUCUGGUCAAACAGUAUCACAAACAGAUGAAGAUCACCAGAGCUUUUAUGGAAGUUGUAGCAGCUGAAAAGGACAGGAUGAGCUUAAGUACUUUGGGAAGCAGUGCUCUUCAAGCUAACAAACUCAACGCCCUGCUGCAAACCAUGGUGCAGAAAAAAGACAUGAUGGACGAGCUCCUCCAGUUAAGUAGUCAAUUGUCAGUCCACUUGAGCGACGCUGAGAGUUCAGGUGCUCUUCUCGCCCAGCUUGGAGAUGUCCAGGAGGAAUGGAGGCUUUUAGAAGGAAGCAUCAAAAGAGCUCUGCAGCACGCCUCAAGCUCCACCACUCAAUCCUCCCUUCUAAUAAAAGAGGCCGAGCUGCUUAAAGCCAAGGUCGAAGUUCUUCGCAAAUCCACCUUCCAAAGCCAUGACAGCAAAAGUGCUUUAGAAUUUGUUUGUCUGACCACAGACCUAAAACUGUACAACCAGCUUUAUCUGCACUUACAAUCCCAGUCAGAUAAUCUUGUCCAUUUCUCUCUGGGUCAGAAAGAGAGGGAUGAGAUCAAACAUAGUCUUCAAGACCUGGGGUCCCUGCUAAAAGUCACCAAGAGCAAGCUUGACACUUUUACAUACAGCUGUGGCGGCAUUUCUUCAGCUAAGAUCAACAAGCAACUACAUGACUUGAUCAUUUGGGCCAAACAGGCAGAGAUACACAUCUCUACUGGGAAAAAGUUAGCUCUUUUCCCAGAGGAGGCUCGUUUUCAGAUUGUCGAGAUGAAGAAAUUUCAGACUGAUAUUUGGUUUAGAAGAUCCAAGAUGCAAGUGGAAGUUGAGCAGAUGAAAGAUGUAGCCUCUGAUGUGGAGAAGAAGGAAAGUGCCCAAGUAUUGAAGACAAUUGAAGACCUGUAUAAAGCCAAUUCUGACAGCUUGGAUCAUGUUCUUGACACCAUGAAGAAAGGUUUGCAGGAGAGAGAGAAACUGUUAGGCCAGCUUGCUAGCAUAGAUGCCUGGUUAGCAGAAACACAUGCCAAAAGAGACCCAUGCACUCAUGUUGACAAUGUUUCAAAAGCUGACAUCAGAAAGCUGGAGAGCGAGCUGAAAAGUCACAAAUUAGCCACAGUUGAGAUAGAGAGCCAACUACAACUGGUGGAAGCAAUGGCAGAAAGUUGCAAGGAAAUAGCUGAAUGCUUGAGUCCAGGAGAGAGCCGCUACCUUGUCAACAGACUUUCAGGCCUUUGGACAGAAUUAGAAGGAUUGCUAGCUCAUGAGAAAGCAACCAGCUGGGAAUUAGAGGAGCUGAUUCAUGAACGAAUUACCUCAGAUGAAGAGUUAUCGACGAUCCAGGCUAGCUUAAAGCAAAUCUCCACAGAUUUGGAUCAGCAAAGGUUUCCUUUAACACUGGAAAUCCUUUCAACAAUUGUACAUUGGAAGCAUAUGCUAAUGGAACAUCAGUGUCAAGUGCAAGAGCUUCGGCACUGCCAUGAGGCCAGACGAAGGUCCCUGCUGUGCACAAUUGGGGAACUGCAGGACCAGUGCAAAGCUCUGAGUAUUAAUGCCAUUGAGCAAGAAAAAUAUCUGCACCUGAGGAGCCAAAUGGACGAAUCUAAGGACAUUGCCAAGGAGCAAAUACAUCAAGCCAAAGAUAAAACAAUCAGUGUGGGUGAGAGGUUCAGGCUAUGCCAAACACUCUUGGUCGAACUUCCUUUGGUGAAGACACAGUGCCAAGAAGCAGCGGACCAGUUAGAGGCCAUAGCUCAUGAGUUACACCCCUCUGAGCUUAAUUCAGAGAGGCAGAUGAUUCACCGCACUGUGGAAACAUUAGUCUCCUGGGAGUAUUCUGUCUCAGAUGAUGUCAAAAACCUAGAGACCAAGCUUCUGCUUGGUCUGCGUUUUUCCUCCGAGCUUCCUGCCUUAAUAGAUCUUUUCCUAACAACAAGGGUGGAGCUGGAGGGAGCUGAACCAGUAAAUCCAGAUGAAAAAGCCAUAGAUAUUGCACUAAGAAGGACUUGGAUUUUUUGGAGAAAUAUGGAGUCUGGGAUGAGGAUGUUGGAAGGUCUGGGACGGAAUGAAAAAAUUAACUUAAAGAACUACAAGGAACUUUACUCUCUCAGGAAUGCAACCAUGCAGGAGUGCCAUUUACAGAUGGAGAUGUUAUGCCAGGCGAGAGAAUCCUUGAAAGAUUACCAGUGGGCUGCUCAGGGAGCAAUAGGCUUCCUUCAUAAUGCCGAAGCCACCUUCUUAUCAGCCCCUGGAGGGUUUUUGGACUGUACUGAGGAACAAAGACAGACUCAGCAGGCGCUAGAAGCUCUUGAAGAGGGAUUUCAGGCUCAUAUCUGCCACCUUGUGGAUCGGGUGCCCCAACAACCUUGCCUGUCCCGCCCAAAGACUGAGCAGCUCCACAUCAGUGUCCUUAGUCAGCUGUUGGUGGGAAGAGCCAUGCUGGAGGCCCAAGCCCAGCUCAGGCUGGAGUCCUUGCAGAGGUGUGAAAUAAGACAACAAAGCCACAGGGAGUGCCAUGAAGACAUACGUCAACGUCUUUCAGGGUUUGAAGCCAAGCUUUCAGAAUGUGCUGCACAACAAGUGACCUCGUAUGACAAAUGUGUUGCCCAACGAAAAGGAGCAAUGCUUCUGAUGGGAGGUCUGCGCAGCCUCGCAGGUAAGAUAGAUGAACUGAGAGCUGGAUGUCCGAUGCAGGGCUGUGGCGUUGGAAAGGACGGCGAGCUGGGUGCCCUCUGGAGGCGCUGGGGAUCGUUACGCCGUGGUGUCGGCCUCCUGAUGGCACACACAGAACAGAGAGGAGAGGAAUGGAAAGACAUCACUACAAGUAUUGAGCAGUGUUGCAGCUGUUUAGCAAGUCUCCAGGCUGAGGUUCCUGACUCCUCCACCAUGAUCUUCACUCAAGAGGAACCCCUGGAGCUUCUGGCUCAGGCUGAGAUGCAAAAGGCCGGGCUGGAGCAAGAGCAGCAGGCCUUAGCGUCCCUGGCGCAUCGACUGGAGCACGCCCUGAGCUUAUCUAGUUCCCAGGAGCCCAUCAGCCCCGGACCUGUUGGAAAAACACUAUUGAAGAUCCAAGAGAAUGUCAGAAGCUUGAAAGAGAGAAACCUGCUGGUGGUGGCUGCAGCUCAGGCAGAGGAGAAAGAGAGAGAGCAAGUCCAAGAGGAGAUAGGAGAGUUGGAGAAACGCAUAUUUGCCAAUCUUUCCUUACUGGAAGCUUGUUCGAAUCCAUGCAAACAACAGAAGCUCAGACAGGAGUUGUCCUCCCAGAAGGCCAAACUCCAGUGUAUCGUGGACAGUGUGCAGAGUCGGUACGCUGAGAUACCAGCUGAUAUCAGCAGAAGGUUACAAGAAGUCCAGCUGUCUGUCCAAAGAGAAGAGGAGAAGCACAUGGAGAAGAGCAACCCGGUGUGGAAACAGGCUAGUCAAGUGCUGGAGUUGGGUUCUGGCCUGGAGAAUGUGAAAGCGUUACUGGAGCAAAGAAGUCCAACAGUCAAUGACGCUCAAAAUCUACUCAAGCAUGUGUGGGAUGAGCUGGAUGCUUGGCACAGCCGUCUGAUGCUCCUGGAGAGCGAGGUCCACGAUAUUGCGGAGGAGCACCCUGAUCAAACCCACCUACUCAUGGACCAACUCACCCAACCACUGCAGCGCUACCAAAACGCAUCGCAGAUGGCCGAGCAACGCACCGCCUUCCUCAGCAAGAUCCCAGCCUGCCUUCAGGAGUUUGAAGACAUUCUACACAGCGCCACCUGCUGGUUGGAUGAGGCCCAGUCAUGGCUCAGUACUCCUUGCUCCUUCACAACAGCCAGAGGCCUCCAGAAUCAUGCAAACUCCCUUCAGCUGGUCCUGGACGACUCUGAGAGGAUCAGACACACUCUGCAAGACUUCAAGCCCGUCCUGGAUGAGAUCUCUGCUGUGUGUGACAUGAGCACCCUUGAGGAGCGGUUGAACCAGAAUGACCAACAAGUCCACAAAAUGCAAUGCAAGAUUCUAGAGCCACUGCAGCAGCUCCUGCAGACUGCUGUGGUGGUGGAGUCAAUAGAAACAGAGCUGAAGAUCAUGGAGAAGAAUGUUCCAAAGAUCAGAGCGAUUUUAUCCUCCGCCGACAACCCUAGCGUUACUCUGACGGAGCAUCUUCACAAUCGACAGGUGAUCCUGGCCAACGUGCAGUCAAUGCGGAGGACAUUGGAGGAGAUGGAAAGAUGCAAAGGAGAGCUUCACUUCCCACAGCCAGCAGAGGAGAGCCUGCUGGUUUUCUCAAAAGCCAGACUGCUCCUGCAGCCGCUUGAGGAGCUGGAACAACUCACCCAGCAACAAGCCACACUGCUGGAGAACAAGAUUAGGGAGAAGGAAGAAACCUGUAAGGAUCUUGACAUGACCGCAGUCUUUGCUACUCCUGAAGAAAUGCAGCUGCUAGAUAGAUGCCUAGUCCAGCAGGAAGCUUUUGAGGUCUCUCAUUCAGAGGAAGAGGAGGAUGAGGAAAACGAGAGUUGUCACUCUUCGUCCUCUGACACACUAACAAGCAGUAUGCCAGAGGACCCAGAGGAAACACUCAAUGCUUCAGAUGUGCAACAUGAUGAUGUUUCAGAAAUUGAGCCACUAUCAGAAAUGAAGGCGCUGAAGAGUAUGCUUGGUCAGUUUUCCUCUGUAGUGGAGACGAGCUCAAAAGGUGCCGAACCUGGGUUUUUAUCCGUGAACCCUGGGCUUGUUAGAAAAGAGUCUGGAUCCAUAAAUGUUGAAACUGGAUUAACAACAAUGGAUUCCAACGUUGACAAAGCAUUUAGUCCUCAAAGUGUGACAGCUGAGCCACUCAUCGUUGCAGCCAUUCCAGCAGCUAAAGAUGAGAUUACUGCUGCUGUCACACUCUGUCAACAUGGAUCACCAAAACAUGAAACCCUUGCAAAGUCCCUUCUUGCAGCAACUGCAGUGGAAGACACAAGACUGAUUCCUGCAAGACCUAGAACUCCAUUCACUGCCACAAGAAGAUAUGAUGAGUGGAUAGAGGAAGAAGACAAACAACUGUCUUCGUCUUUAGCUCCCAAUCAAGAUCUGGAUACUCUUAAUGUGCUAAAGGAGCAAAGGAAAGUCGGCACCAGUCAUAGUGGUUUGGUGGAAGAAUCCCAACAAGUCCAGGAGUUGUCUGAGGAGCUGAUGAGCGUGGCUGGUCAUGAGGAAGAUGACAAGGAGCAGCUGAGGUGGAGUCGACUUUAUACCCAGAUCUCUCAAAAACUGACCACUUUGAAAAAAGUUAAGGAGGAGCAUCAAAUCAGCUCAGAGGACGGAGGAACUCAUGAAAAGGACCCAGAAAGGGAGCCAAUAUCAACUGGAUCUGCUUCCGCUGUUCUCCAGCGGACACAUGAGUCCAUCACCAUGCUGAGACAAAUAGUGAACUCUCCAGGUGUAAAUGAGGAGCUGUACGUUGCUGUGCGGAAGGUCCUCCUCUGUCUGGACACUUUGACUGACCUUUUGUUGACUCCUGGUGAAGAUGACCCACAACUGAGGCUGCUACAGCAGGAGUGUGUUUCGACUGAGCUGGUGACUCUGGCUGAGCUGUUGAGUAAAGUAGAGUUAGAGAACAAAGCUGCACUUCUGAGAGAAAAACCAGAAGCUCUCCACUGUUUGACCUCACUUCAGGAUUGUCUACACACAGUCCAGCUGGUCAUUACUUCUUCCAACAACCAGCUGAUUGAACAUUUGGGACACACAUACCAACAUCAGGAGCGGUCCUCCAACCAGCUGUGUAUUUUGGACGAGUUUGAAAUGGGACAAAAUGAGAUGUUCCCCAGCAUAAAGGAUGCUCCUAGUUUGGAGCAGUGUGUGCUGGGCCGACAUCUGAGGGAGAGUCUAGGGGAAAAGGCCGAGCUACAGCAAGCUUCCCGGUCCUUGCUUCAGGGGAUAACUCGCCUCCUGGAACUGGGUGAAGAAUGUAUAACAGCGGGGCAGAUGAGCCAGGUUCACAACCACAGCCAACUUCAAGCCGUUCUCUGCAGACACAAGAAGCUCCUGCGGGUCCUCAGGUCUCAGUUAGCUUUCGUGCAGCAUCUGUUUCAACGUGAGCCAGAAGCACUCAAGUCCCAGGAGGAUGAGCUUGUACAGCUGGAAGUCAGAGCCAAAACUUUGCAUCAACAGGCUCUGGAACAGGAAGUGGCUUCUCAAAGGAGGAUCCAGGAGUGGACCCGGUGGGAGGAUAAUUGCGGUCAACUUGGGAGGCUGCUGGAUGAUCUUGAGGCUUUCAUCAGCAGUGGGGAACCCGAGGGAGACGACGAGGGGUUAGCACAGCACCGACAAGAUGCCUGCCAGCAAACUUUGGUCCAGCUGGAUGAGAGCAGAGUUGUUGUAGGACUGCUCCUGGAUCAGGGGAAGAGGCUGCAGACUGAGCCAGAGUUAGCUGCCACAGUCGGUCAUGCAGGAGGCGCUCUGGAGCUGCGAUGGCAGAGCGCCUACCGGUGGACUGAGCAGGAGAUUCAACGCUGCAGAGAUCUCCAGGACAGCCGGGCCAGAUUCCAAACUGACUUUGCCUCGGUCAGUGAAUGGCUGGUUGAUGCCAACAAACACCAGAAGACUUGGUCAAACCUGGCCGACACCACUGACCUGAACAAGGAGUCUAUUCACAACAAUCUCAUCAAGCUGCUGGACUUCACCAUGGAGAUUGAAGCCAUGUCAAUGCAGAAGGCGUCUGUUUCCAGGGAAGCCGCUCGGCUGCUCCACCUGAGCGAAGCUGAUUGUCCCGGGCUGAGAGCUCAGCUCGCCCAGCUGGACGGCAACUGGAGUCAGCUGACCUCUGACCUGUCUAAGAUACAAGACCUGCUGCAACAGCGGCUGCUGGCAGCAUGGCCACCGGUGAAGCUGCUGUCUGACCUGGAGGACUGGCUGAAGAAGCUCCAGGCUCAGCUGAACACGGAAAAAAACACAGUCCUCGAGGCCAAAGAUGCUGCUCAGAUCGCUGACAUCCUGCAGCACUACCAGGAAUUAAAGGCAGGCAUGGUCAAUGGGCAGCUCCUUCUCGAUUUCCUGUGCCAGUCUGGGCCUCAGGGGGCGGGAGUGGACGUACAGCCUCUCCGCUCCGAACGCACAAUGUUUGCAGAGAAACUUGGCGCUCACAGACUGCAGUGGCAACUCCUCCAGAGAGAGCUGGAGAACCAGACUCGGGAAGCUGAACAGAUGCAUCACACUUGUGCAGACAGAGAGAGGCGGUUACAGCGUCUUCACGGCUGGAUACAACAGCAGAAAAAGCAGCUGAAUCAUUGGAGCCAGCCCAGCAGUCAAACUCUGGCUCGUAGGGCUCUGCUGGAGUGGGAGGCUGUUGUGGGCAGAGUGGAGGAGGUGGCUGCAGCUUUGCAGGAGUUGAAAGCCACUAGAGUGUAUGUUGAAAAGGAAGAGGCUCACCCUUGUGAUAUCGCCUUCUCUGGCCGGACGGAGAGUGUUUGUCAUGCUUGUGUGGAUCUUAGUCAACAGAUGGAAGCUCUGAGACCAGCUCUACAGCAGAAUGUGGAGGAGUGGAGUUGUUUUGAGAGAAAUCUGAGGGAGGUUUCUCUGCACACCACCAGGGUGCGCUGUGCUCUGCUGCAUCAGCCUCUGUUUUCACUGAAGCAGGCAGAAGGACACAUGGACUCCCUCCAGCAACUCCAGGAGAAGGCCGGAAAAGAGGAAGAGCUUUUGGCGUCCAUGGACAAAUUCUAUCAGCGCCUUGUAAAGACUCUUCAUCAUGGAGCAGCACAGGCGCUGAAUGAUCAGAUGAAAGGAGAAUGCAAACGGUGGAAGGACGUGGUGCAGGAGCUGAAGGAUGAGCACAUGAAGACUGGAGAGACACUUUCCCUAUGGCAGGAGUACACUCACCUGUCUGAUCGCUGCUCCCUUCGCCUGCAUACUCUGUGGCAUCAGUGGGAGGAGCUGUCGACAUCUUCACCCCAGCAAGACACACAGACCAUGGUUCGCUCAGUGGAGACGUUGCAGGAUGCUGCUGAGGAUUUGCAAAGCUGUGUGGGAGAUGUCCUCGCAGCUUCCAAGCCUCUCAUUGGACGGCUGGAAUCAAUGGUCACAAAUUUAAUCCAAUCAGAUACCAGACUGCUGUCACGUGAUGUCCUGCUGCUGAGCCGGGCAAUGUCAGGGAAAAAGAAAAGUCUUCAGGAGAGUUUGGAGCAACAGAACAUAUUUCACGCUGGACUACUGGCCCUUGAAAAGCACACACAGAACACACAACAUAAGCUUAAGACCAGCUUGACUGACACAGAAUCUGUGAAGCAGGUUCUCCUGGAACUCAAUGAUCUGUUUCAAUUACUGUUUGACGUCAGUGAAAUUAGUGGAUAUUUGACCCUUAACAACCAUGAGACAGAGAGACUGCACAUGCUCAGCAGGCAGUGGGUUGAAAGCCUGACUCGUACGACUGACGUGAACAGAGCCCUGCAGGCUGAGGGCCAGCGCUCCCAGGACUUACAGGAGAAGUGUAAGAACCUGUCGUUUAUCCAGAAGAAGCUUGAGGAGGAAUCAAUGUGUAAAAAACCUCAAAGUUUCUCCAGCCUCCAAGAGAUGCUGACCGUCCAUCAGAGGCUUGAGGUUGAAAUAAUGAUUGGACACCAGCUUCUGCAGGGUCUUCUCUGCCAUGCAGUCAACUCCAUGGAAACAGAAACAGGAGAGAAAAGAUCUGAACUCAUGGCACAAGUAACCUGCAUGAGGGAGGGCUGGCUUAACUCUGUGGCUGUGGCUAGCCAGCGCAGGUCUUUGACAAAGGAACAAGUGAGCCAGUUGAGAGUCUACCAACGUGGCUUGAAACUAUUGUGGAAGCUGUUGCGGGACGUUGACUCUUUGCUGCCUCCAGCUGGACCUACUCUGUGUACACUGCAUCAGCUACAAAGCUACGUGGAUGAUUACCAGUGUGUUAAAGACGCUCUGGGUCUACACUCCCCCGUGUACAGCCGGGUGCUGCAGGCUGGCAGACAUCUAUGUGAAACCAUGACAGACUCUGAGUGUCAGAGCCGACUGCAGUCAGAGCUCCAGGCUGUACAGGAGGCCUGGGAACAAACCACCUCGCAGCUGGAGAGGAGAAGAGACCUGGUCAGCACAACUGUUCAGUGUCAAAGCGGGAUAACCAGCAUCACGUCUGAACUGGAUGAGCUGAACACCAUGCUGAAACAGUCACCGCAGGACUCUCAGGGCGAGAAACUCAUUCAGGAGACAGACCUCUCUCUGCAGCGUUUGGCCAGUGGAUUUAGGGAAUUGGGCACCAUGAAGAAGGACCUGUCUCAGUACGUUGCAGCCGGUGACUCGGUUCUGCUGGAGCAGCAGCUGGAACAACUUCACAGUCAAUGGGAAGAGCUGUGUAUGAAGGUAUCCUUGCGCAGGCAGGAAAUCGCAGACCGUCUCAAUGCCUGGACCAUCUUCAAUGACAAGAAUAAAGAGUUCUGUGAUUGGCUGACUCAGAUGGAGAACAAGGUGUGCCACCGCGGAGAUCUGAGCAUUGAAGAAAUGGUGGAGAAGCUGAAGAAGGACUGUAUGGAGGAAAUCAACUUGUUCAGUGAGAAUAAAAGCCAUCUGAAGCACCUAGGUGAGCAGCUGUUGUUAGCCAGUGACCAGGCCAAGCAGACGCAGGUCCACGGCUCACUGCAGGAGGUCAACCAGCGGUGGCACAACCUUUUCAACCACAUCGAAGCCAGGGUGAAGAAGCUGAAGGAGACUCUGGUGGCGAUGCAGCAGCUGGAUAAGAACAUGAGCAACCUUCGCUCGUGGCUUUCUCGCAUUGAGGCCGAGCAGUCCAAACCCAUCACCUACAGCGUCUGUCACCACCAGGAGAUCCAGAAGAGGCUGGCCGAGCAGCAGGAGCUGCAGAGGGACAUUGAGCAGCAUACGGAGGGCGUCGCGUCAGUGCUCAGUCUGUGCGACGUUUUGCUGCGGGACGAAGAUGCUGCUGGCGGCACCGAGGCGGAGAGUGACUCCCUGCAGGAAACCAGCCACAGCCUGGACCAGCGCUGGAGGGCCAUCUGUGCCAUGGCUCUGGAAAGGAGGCUCAGGAUCGAGGAGACGUGGAGACUCUGGUGCAAGUUCCUCGAUGACUACUCGCAGUUUGAGGAUUGGCUCAAGAUGGCCGAGCGCACCGCUGCCAACCCCAACUCCGCAGACGUCCUUUAUACCGUCGCCAAGGAAGAGCUCAAGAAGUUGGAGGGUUUCCAAAGGCAGGUUCAUGAACGGCUGACCCAUCUGGAACUGAUCAAUAACCAGUACCGCCGCCUGGCCAGAGAGAACCGCACCGACCGAGCCAGCCAACUCAAAGCCAUGGUCCACGAAGGCAACCGCCGCUGGGACACCCUGCACCGCAGGGUGGCCGCCAUCCUCCGCAGACUCAAGCAUUUCACCAGCCAGAGGGAGGAGUUUGAAGGCACCAGGGAGAGCAUGCUGGUGUGGCUGACCGAGCUGGACCUGCAGCUCACCAACGUCGAACACUUUUCAGAGAGUGACGUCCAUCACAAGAUCCAACAGCUUAAUAGUUUCCAGAAGGAGAUCACCCUGAACACAGAGCGCAUUGACGGACUGAUAGUGUUUGGAGAGGGUCUGAUCCAGAAGAGCUCACCGCAGGAUGCGGCGCUGAUAGAGGACGAGCUGGAGGAGCUGCAUUCUUACUGCCAGGAGGUUUUCAGCAGACUGGUCCGCUUCCACCAGCGCCUGAGCCAGCCCCCGAUGAUCAAAGAAGAACCGGAGCUCUCUGGUACCACCUUUUCCUUAGAGUCAAGCUUGGAGCUGAUUAGCCGACCAUGGCUGGGGAAGAGCCAAGGUAGCCUCCCGGCGACACCCACCCACCUGCUGGCCUCUUCGCUGGAGCGCUCUGGGCGCGAGACACCGGUGAGCGUGGACUCUCUGCCGCUGGAGUGGGACCACACCGGAGACGUUGGAGGGUCAUCGUCACACGAAGAUGAUGAGGAGGAGCAAGAAGAUGAGGAUGACAGAACUUUCUUCAGCGCACUAUCAGAGGUGGAGUUGACUGAGAGCCUGGAGGAAUUUGUCAAAGCCCCAGAGGCCCUACUCGCCUCCUCACUGGUUUCAAGCAUGGCCGUACACGAGUCUCCAAUAUGGCGAUCACAGGAAGAUGCAGAAACACGGUCACUCCAGGUGGACUCAGAGGGCCACACUGAGGCUCCACCCACCCUCACCAGCACCCCCCUAAAGCAGGGCUAUUUGCGUCUCAUGUCUCAGUGCAGCGGCAGCAUUGAGGACAUUAAAAGAGUCUCGCUGAUUCUGGAUGAUGAGGAGCAGCCAGAGGAGCGCGGUCUGACAGGACUGACUGCCUCCGACAAACAGUCAGGUGUGAUUGAACGCUGGGAGCUGCUCCAGGCUCAGUCCAGGAGCGACCUGCACGCCAGCUCUCAGGAGCCCCAAAAUCUCACAUCUGACCUCAACGACAUCACUUCCUGGUUAGAAAACGUGACCCCAGAGCUAGAGCGCCUCCAGCAGUCUGACCCGGCAGCCGGUAUUAAGGACAUGGCAGCCAGAGCCAAAGCUCUAAAGGAAAUGCAGAGGAUGUUUACUCGCUACAAGUCCAUCAUGCUGUCCGUCAACCUGCGAGCUCAGGAAGCUCCAGAUCUACAGGAGAGACUGGUUGGUAUGAACCGAAACUGGAGCAGAGCGUGUACGGGCCUCCAGCAGUGGGACGACAGUCUGAGGAAGACACUGAUGUGCUGCCAGGAGUUCAAUGAAACCCUCCAUUCUCUGCUGCUGUGGCUGGCCCACGCAGAGAGCAGACGCUAUGCAGUGGACAUCAGAGACCCAGACGCACCUGUCCGAGCCCUGCAACAACACUGCAGCACGCUCACAGAUCUGCGGAAGGAGCUGCAGGGCAGGCAGAAUCAGCAGGCCUCCCUCCAGGCUCUGUGGUCUCAGCUACAGCCUGAGGACGGGGCUGAGGACAGCUACGAAGCCCAGGAGAAGCUCCACGUGACGGGGAACAAACUAAAGCUGCUGCUGAGGCAGGUGGAGGAAGACCUCAGCACCCUCCAACAGCGUCUGGAUUGUGAAUCAGAAGUUGACGGCGCCCCUGUAGAUCCAAAGAAAAGUCCCUCUACUCAAAGAGACAGGAGGGACGCUUCCCCGCCUCGUUCCUUCUUCCACCGGGUCCUUCGCGCUGCUUUCCCUCUCCACCUCCUCCUUCUGUUCCUCCUGCUCCUCCCCUGUCUGAUUCCCCAGUCAGAGAGCGACCCUGGCUGCACUGGGGCCAACAACUUUGCCCGGUCCUUCUACCCCAUGUUACACUACACCAAUGGCCCUCCACCCACCUGAUGGAAAUCUAGCUGGGAAGAACAUGCUGAGAAACACAAAACAAUCACCUUUUUGUCACACUGAACCAAGUGAACAAACAUGUAAUAUUGAUAUGUUAAGCUGAUGAAGUGAUUGUCUUCUAAAAAAAAAAAAAAAAAGUCCAAAGUGCAGAAACUGUAUUACGGUUUUUCAAGAUUUGAUCUGAGAACAGAUUUUAUUUAUUUCACGAACAAAACCACCCAUAUGACUGCAUUUGAAUCCGUAAAAACACCACAUGUAAACAAAAAUGCAGAUAUUUUAGUUUAAUAAUGCAAAGAGCUUUGCGAUCUUCUGGUGAGGGGGGACACAGUAGAUGUGUUGUUUUGAUAUUUGUGACAGGGGUAAAGCGGUUUACAUACUGUAGCAGUGGCAUCAAAGAGGCAUAAUACAAUAGUUUACAGAUCCUUCAGCUACUGUAGAAGCCAGCGUACAUAUUCCAUUGCAUAAUAAUGAGGUGGAAACGAAGAAAGAUUAGAUUUUCUCUUGCUCGAACUUGUGCUAAAAGCUCAAAAAUACAGUAUAAUAGUGUCCAUCAGUAUCAGAUUUUUUUAUUUUUAUUUCAAAUGCAUACAUUAUCCUUGUCAUUUACAUGCUAUUUUAUGAACAGUUGACAUUUGACUUUGUCUAACUUCACCCUGCAAACAAAGUGCAUGCUCGAUCUAAUUGUGUGUUAGACUGAAGUUUGGUCUGGUUCAAUUUGACUGUAAUCUUUAUAAAGCCAACCGUACAAAAGUAUGGCAGUUUUAUACACACAAAUGUAUAUACAUAUUUUUUUAGAUGCUGUUUGUCUCGCGUAGAUUGUAAGCAGACUCCCAGUGCACUAUGGAAACACUGAUUUAGCAGGAUGAUGUGUAUGUACAAAAUGUGAUUAUAUAUUUAUAACAAACACUGAUUUUAUGCUCCAAAUCUUCUGGUAGUAAACACCGAUUGUCUUAA